UAUUUUUCUUACAGAUUAAUUAAUUUCUCUACAUGAACGAUCCAAUGGGAGAAACAGGAUUUUCUAGAGAAUCGGCGCCGGAGAUGGUGUUCUCGGAGACGGAUAUGGCCGCGGCUGAGCAGCUUAUGCAGCUAAGCGAAGAAGAGACGGUGAGCUGUAGCAGCAGCACCGGCGGAGAUUGUGGCGGCGGAGGCGGAGACAAGACAAAGCAUGAAUAUGUUAGCUCGAGAAUCGGACACGAGCAAAACGACGGCGUACGAGGAAACUCUAUUCUUGGUGUGGAGAGGAAGAGGAAGAGGGCGGUGAUGAAGGAAAAGAAGUUUCGAUCUCUCGAGAGUAUUUACAAAGCGACGAAGGAGAUUAGGGAUUAAUGGAGGAAAGGGAUCGGAGAUGGUUAAUUAUCGCUUCUUAAUUACUUUUGUUAAUCGUUGUUAGUAACUUGUUCAAUGGGCUUUUUUGUGUGUACAUGUUUAGUCCUUAAUCUAGCGUUGGAGCUUGAGAAUCUGUGAUAAUAGUUUUUGGAGAUUUUCAGAUUACAAUUGUAAAUAUUUUGGUUCACAUAUGAGACGUGGUACUGUACGUUUUUUUGUCCUUCCUAGGCAUUUUCGUUGCAAAAAUUAAACAAUUUUACUUUG